AUGGGCAAGCUCACACCUGCCGAUUUUAUCAGGGAUCAGUGGUCCACAGUUGCCCCUGUCGUAAAGGUCGAUUUGACUGGGAAGACAAUCAUUGUCACCGGUGCAAACUCAGGAAUAGGUCUAGAAACAGCGAAACAUUUUGCGCGUAUGAGCCCCGGAAGGCUCAUCAUAACUUGUAGGAAUAAAGAAAAGGGAGAAGAAGCAGUAAAACAAAUCAUCCAAGCGACUGGCUAUGCGAGCGUUGAAGCAUGGAUUCUUGACUUAGUUGACUUCCGUUCUGUGAAAUCAUUUGCAGAGCGCUACGAACAGGAAGGCGGCCGUUUGGAUAUCAUCAUACAAAACGCCGCAGUGGCAUACCCUGGUCAAGCUCAGUACACGGAAGAUGGAUGGGAGCUAUCCACAAAAGUCAACAACCUCUCAACCUCCCUGUUGACUCUUUUGUUAAUUCCCCGAAUGCUUGACACGGCAAAGAAAUACAACACCACGCCGAGAAUAGUGAUCGCUGCAAGUGAAACUCAUUUUUGGGUGCAAAUGGACAAGGACGUUGUCAACUCGCCCAACUUUUUCAGAACCUACGCACACCAAGAAUUUUCUACUCCCGCCCACGAGAGAUAUUAUGGUACAAAGCCAAGAACGUCGGAGCAGGGCAGCCGACAGUUCGUCUGGGCAGCAAUCGGUGGGGAGGAGAGAAAAGAUGAGCUUCGUGGAGCCUAUAUCUCUCUGGCCCAAGUGACGGAGCCCAGUGAUUAUAUUCUCAGCGAGGAAGGAAAAUUUGCCCAAGAUAAGAUUUGGGAGGACCUUAUUGCUGAAUUGACGAAAAUAGAGCCGAGAAUUCGGAAUAUUGUGCAGGAGUGCCUUACACCUCCUGCGCCCGCGGUAUAA